GCAGUGAAAAUUUGGCUGGGCGUAAUUGCCGAAUUUGCGACCGAUAUCACACUGGCAUUGAAAAAUGCAAUUUGAAUUUGAAUUGGCUUUUGGGUGUUAUCGGUCAUUAAGGUCUGGUAUUUACGUGGUAUUUUUAGUGUUACCACUUGUAUAAGGGAAUAUGGUAAUGGCAGAAAGGUGGGGAAGAAGAGGAAAAAGGUAAAACUAAUCAGAAAACAUCGAAAAAAUUACAAUUUAACUACAGAACAACUACAUAAGUUUACAAAAUCGUAUUCCUAAUAUCACAGGUAAGUAACUAAAGCUAUGGAAAAACUAAAACUACGGACAAAAUAUCUACGAUACAACAGGAGUGACAUCUACAACAAAAACAUUGAUGCAGACAAGGAGGACAAACAACAACGGAGCACCGGCCGGCAUAACAAACGCAAUGCGAACAUUGCGCUGUAUACCGGCCGGCUCUGUUGUCCCCCUGUGCCUUGUUGUUGGCUGGCUGGAUUUUUGGUGUUGGCGUGCAGCGUGGGCAAAAAAGUUGGAGAUGGCGAGCGGCUCUGGUUCGGCCGCCCAAGCUACAUCUGUCAGGUGGAGAUGGCGCAUCCAAUCAAGUGGCACUGGUCCGGCCACCCGAAGAUGCAUUGUGCGGUGUGUUGGCAUUGGCAUCGAAAAGUGAUGCCAACGGUCCGUGAAAUUUUAGAAUAGUUUUUCUAAAUAUGAAUUACCGAAAACUUUGGGUGGCUGCAAAUUAAUGUAU